CCUAAUCGCUCUCCUCGGAGCCCUGCCUCUCUGAUCACAGCUCUGCCUAGACUCUCCGACGCCCCGCCUCUCCUCGCUGAUCUUGGACUCGUCCCAGUCCCGGUGCCCACUGCAAGCCGGUACGGAACCCCUUCAGGUCCUGAAGUUUCCCCUUCCAGCCUCACUCCUCUCCAGCCCUCCACCGGCCCCCCCAGGCCCCGCCCCCGCCGCUCUAGCCGGAGCUCUUCUCGCUGGUGGCGGCAGGCCGCGCUGGUGCAGGCGACCGGAGGACCAGCCAAGGAGGCGGUACGGACGGCGGAGGGCAGGUUCGGGCCUUCAGCUCCGGGUGGCCUGGUGCUGCGCACUGUCAUCCGCCCACAGACUUGCGCCCUCGCUCCUUCCCGACCCAGGCGCUGAGGACCGUGCCUCGCCAAGUGCUGGGAUCAGGGACAGGCCGCAGCGAGGGCCUGCGUGCCCGGCCGUUUCGUGCGUGUCUUUGACCCGGUUCUCUACUUGGGCGCACAUCCUCUCAGCCCAGACUCCAGUCCCAUUCCCUCUCCCAGGCAAAUUAGUCCUUCUUCCCCACAGGUAUGUGCAGUGGCCUCAGGCUUUGGGAUCGAACCUAUUCUAAUAUCUACUCAAAGGACUCUGCAGCUUGAAAUUACUGGAGAGCUGCACUAAAGACUCCAGAUCACCGGCUUCUGUCCAUUCUCUCCAAAGCUGAAGUUCCCCUACCUGACUUCAAACUCACAGCUGUGUGAGGUGCCAUGGUAUCCAAGCCUAGGAGUGACUGGAGCAUGGUCCUGUCCCACCUGGUGCUGGGAGUGGUGUCUCUGCAUGCAGCAGUGAGCUCUGUGCAGUCCAGUCGAGGGUCUGCUGCAGGCUUCCUGCUCCAGGCCCUAGCUGCUGUCACAAUGCUGGCCCCAGGGCUGGGCACACAUGAAGACUGUCUCGCUGGAGCUUGGGUUGCCACAGUCAUCGGGCUGCCCCUUCUGGCCUUCGACUUCCACUGGUGUACUAACGGUCACUUGAUGUGCGCUGGCUGUUUUAUCCACCUACUAGCAGAUGCCCGGCUGAAGGAGGAGCAGGCCACAUGUCCCAACUGUCGUUGUGAGAUCAGUAAGAGCCUCUGCUGCCGGAACCUGGCUGUGGAGAAAGCUGUGAGUGAGCUGCCUUCAGAGUGUGGCUUCUGCCUGCGCCAGUUUCCUCGCUCCCUCCUAGAGAGGCACCAGAAGGAAGAAUGCCAGGACAGAGUGACACAGUGCAAAUACAAGCGCAUCGGCUGCCCCUGGCAUGGCCCUUUCCAUGAGCUGACAGUGCAUGAAGCUGCAUGUGCUCACCCAACCAAGACAGGCAAUGAGCUAAUGGAGAUCCUAGAUGAGAUGGACCAGAGCCACCGCAAGGAGAUGCAACUCUAUAACAGCAUCUUCAGCCUGCUCAGCUUUGAGAAGAUCGGCUACACAGAGGUUCAGUUCCGGCCUUACCGCACUGAUGACUUCAUUACGCGCCUGUACUAUGAGACACCACGGUUCACAGUACUGAACCAGACAUGGGUCCUGAAGGCUCGUGUGAAUGACUCCGAGCGCAACCCCAACCUGUCAUGCAAGCGCACACUUUCCUUCCAGCUGCUCCUCAAGAGCAAGGUCACAGCACCCCUGGAGUGUUCUUUCCUUCUGCUCAAGGGCCCAUAUGACGACGUGAGGAUCAGUCCUGUCAUCUACCACUUUGUCUUCACCAACGAGAGCAAUGAGACAGACUAUGUGCCACUGCCCAUCAUCGACUCUGUGGAGUGCAACAAGCUGCUAGCUGCCAAGAACAUCAACCUGCGGCUCUUCCUGUUCCAGAUUCAGAAGUAGGAUGGGCCCAGGACGCCUAAGGAGCGGAGGGCUGCAGUCCAGUAGUACUGUCCCAUCCACCCCUGGCUUGGCAGCAACUUCGCACUACUAUCUGAUCAUUUUAGCAGAGGAAAACAAAAUCAAAACACUGGGAAAGUCUGCAUGUGUGUGCGACUGGGUCCCUGCCUCUGGCUCCCCUUCCUCCCCUUUGCCUCCCACCUCCUACAGGCAGCCAGAGGCUGGGCUGACCACAGUGAAAACAGUACUCUGGGCUCCUCAGGCUCAGGUACAGGUGGUGAGGAGGGCAAGAAACCAGCCACCUUUGCCCCCAGCUCCCAUCCUCACGUCUAGGUGUCGCUGUGGUUCCCUGGCCAGGCUCAGAGGCCCUGGCUGACUUCAGACAGUAUAUUUGAUUGCAAUUAAAAAGGCAGCCUUGUUUCCUACUUUCUGUUUUGUUGGAGGGGAAGGCGUGGCCAUGAACAGACUUCGUGGGAGCUUUGGUUUGUCCUGGCGGUCAGAGUUUAUCUUGUCCCUGAUACUGUACCUGCCUGUGUACCCCAGGAAGGACUUAUAGACACUGCCUCCCCACAUUCUGUCAUGGGUUGAGACUAAGGCCUGGUCAGUGAGCCAGGGAGAGUUGGGCUCCCCCAGCCAUUGACCACUCAAAGGAGGCGGGACUUUGCCAGCAGGGCUCAGCAAAUGUUUUCGGAAUGCAGGGUGAAAUUCUGUCUCUUCCCAAGAAAAAAAAUUAAACUCUAUAGGUUCUUUACUCAGCCUAGAAGGCCAGGUGUCCUCGGGGUACCAAGGAGGCAGCCACUGUCUGUGAGAACUGCAUUUGGUGGGGGCAACAGGACCAAGGCAGCACAAUGUAGUUUUAUUGCCUGAAGGAAGUAGGCCCUCCCCUUGACUUGACCAGUCACAGAUGCUCUGAGUGGUGGUUGUGACCAGAACCACUAUUAGGCCUUCAUGGAACGGGAAGCAGCCUUUCCUGGUAGGGCUAGGCCCUUGUCCCUUUUCCCCUUGAGUCCUCCAGAGGUACUGGGAAGGGUAGGACUUGCCUCUUUCGAUCUGCUUAGGAGAUGAGGCUCUUCUGUCAUAGUUUUUCGUUGCUUUAAUACCAAAGAACUGGUUUCCUCUGCCCUGGCCAGCCCUCCACAUGUCUCAAAGCAGCCCCCACCACCCCAUGCAAACUGCUUGGAUCUGGUCCUCCACUGCCCAAUCCUUCCUGUCUGAGGGACAGGGUAGUCCUGGCCAUGUUGGGUACAGAGUGUUGGUGGGAUGACUCCUGAGGCUCCUCCUACCCUGGCCUUCAGGAGGGCAAGGGGCCAAGAAAUGAAGAGAAGGCCCUGUGAUGCUGGAUACAAGCCCCACCUGUCUUCCUGAGUAUGGCCAGGUACAGGCCAGUAUAGUCCCCCACCUCUGCAUAGACUGAAAGCAUAGACUGAAAGUUUCUCAGCUAUUUUCCAGAACCCUAUUUGAGUUCCUGCAUGAGGCUUGUGGGGAGUUCUCUCCUGCAAAUGUCACCUGGCCAAAUGAGUUGGGAAGGCCCAUAUUUGGCUUCUGCUACAAAAGACCCCAUGUCAGAUUGCAGCACAUCCAUGGGAGCAGUGGCCCCUGAUUCAGGUUAUAGCCCCAUAAUUUUCCUCUCCCUUUUGGGACAAGCUUCUCUCUCAUGUUCACCUGGCAGAGGGCCUUUGGAAAAUGGGAAACUUCUAGGUUGCAAGGUGGUGAUGUAAAAAUUGGGAGGAUGGACUUGCCCUGUUCACCUGUGUCCAGAUAUGUGAGAGACUGAUUCACAGAAGGCAACCUGCAGGUCUGGGGAAGGACAGGAUGAGAGGCUUGCUCCCCAUGAGCACAAGCAAACUGGGACACAGUGGGCAUGGGGAGUGAAGCUGGGGGCUCAGAGGCAGCAUAGUUUUGGGUGCAGGUGUGUAUGGCUAAGAGGCAUACCCCAAGGCACACAUAGGGUUAGGGCAGUGCCCAGGUGAGACUCACACAGCCUAGAAGAACCAGACACCAAGGAAAAUUAGCAUGUCUCUUGGCCAUGCUGGAGACCGGCUCUACAAAACCUUUCAGCAUUGUCACUGUGGGCCCUUUAUUUGGGGGAAGGGGCACCACAUUUACCAGCUUGUGUCCAGAAUCCUGUCAUCUUUCUGUCCUAAUCUGGUCUUUUAUCUGUCUUCUCUGGGGAUGUGAAAGGGGUUUAGUCUCAGCAGAUAUUGAUGAGGCUGCUGGAGGGGUUGCAUAGGCCAAGCCCCCCACCAACCUGUCUCAUUCCCACUCCCUGUGAGCACCAUAUCCCUCAGUUUGCCCAAAGUGAGACAUUUACAAAAAUAAAAAAAUAAUUUUCUAAAGAGCAGAGCAAGAAGUGUUUUUAUGGCUGUUGGAAAUGAGUUACCAUGUCACUUUUGUGCUUUGCAUUUUCUUUGAAUAUUUUCUGUAUGUAACUGUAGUUUAAAAAAAUAUUCUAAACCA